CAUCUCCCUCUUUCACACGUUCACAACAACUUUGCAGGCUUCAACACUCCUCAUCCAUGGCGUCCACUCUCUCCUGUGCCGCCUCCGACCUCGCCCCGCUCCUCGGAGGCGGCCCCAACUCCACGGCCAUGGCCACCUUCCUCUGCAGCCGCUUCUCCGCCAUCUCCGACCAGUUCAGCGACACCUCCUACGCGAUCAACAACACGUACCUCCUCUUCUCGGCCUACCUCGUGUUCGCCAUGCAGCUCGGCUUCGCCAUGCUCUGCGCCGGCUCCGUCCGCGCCAAGAACACCAUGAACAUCAUGCUCACCAACGUCCUCGACGCCGCGGCCGGCGGCCUCUUUUACUACCUCUUCGGCUUCGCCUUCGCCUUCGGCUCGCCCUCCAACGGCUUCGUGGGCCGCCACUUCUUCGGCCUGAAGGAGUACCCCUCGCCGGCGGGCGACUACAGCUUCUUCCUCUACCAGUGGGCCUUCGCCAUCGCCGCCGCCGGCAUCACGAGCGGCUCGAUAGCCGAGCGGACUCAGUUCGUCGCCUACCUCAUCUACUCCUCCUUCUUGACCGGCUUCGUCUAUCCCAUCGUCUCUCACUGGUUCUGGUCCGGCGACGGGUGGGCCAGCCCGACCCGGUCCAACGGCGACUUCCUGUUCGGGUCGGGCGCCAUCGACUUUGCCGGGUCGGGAGUCGUUCACAUGGUCGGCGGCAUUGCGGGUCUCUGGGGGGCCCUCAUCGAGGGCCCGCGCAUCGGCCGGUUCGACCGGGCCGGGCGGUCCGUGGCCUUGCGCGGCCACAGCGCGUCGCUCGUGGUCCUCGGGUCGUUCCUCUUGUGGUUCGGGUGGUACGGGUUCAACCCCGGCUCGUUCCUCACCAUACUGAAGGCGUACGGCACGAGCGGGAGCUAUUACGGCCAGUGGAGCGCCGUCGGGAGGACGGCCGUCACGACCACGCUGGCCGGGUGCACCGCGGCCCUGACCACCCUGUUCGGCAAGCGGCUGCUGGCGGGCCACUGGAACGUCACCGACGUGUGCAACGGCCUGCUGGGCGGGUUCGCCGCCAUCACCUCGGGCUGCUCCGUGGUCGACCCGUGGGCCGCGAUCGUGUGCGGGUUCGUGGCCGCGUGGGUCCUCAUCGGGUGCAACAAGCUCGCGGAGAAGUGCAACUACGACGACCCGCUGGAGGCGGCGCAGCUCCACGGCGGGUGCGGCGCGUGGGGGCUGCUCUUCACGGGCCUCUUCGCGAAGGGGGUCUACGUGGACGAGGUGUACGGCGGGCCGGGAAAGAGGCCGCACGGGCUCUUCAUGGGCGGCGGCGGGCGGCUGCUGGCGGCGCAGAUCGUGCAGAUCCUGGUGAUCUGCGGGUGGGUCUCGGUGACGAUGGGACCGCUCUUCUACGGGCUGCACAAGCUCAAGCUGCUCAGGAUCUCCAGCGAGGACGAGAUGCAAGGGAUGGACAUGACAAGGCACGGCGGGUUUGCGUACGCGUACCACGACGAGGACGACCUGUCGAUGAAGCCCUCCGGGGUCAUGAUGCGGAGGGUGGAGCCCACCAGCGCAAGCCCCACUUCCUACGAGAAUUCCCCAGCCGUCUGAUGCGAUCUAACUUUUUGAUCAUGGGUCCGGGGUUUGUCCUACUCAGAGGAGACUUACAGCUUCUCUUUCUUCUUGGGUUUUCUCAUCUCUUUUGAAGGUUAAAGUGAGAUGGGAAAAAGAGACGAGAGGAUGCAUACUGCAUAUACCAUAGUACAUGCCUACAUUGGCGCGUGUGAUUUGCUAGUGAUGUGUGUGAUACUUAAAAUAGGCUCCAAUAAGUGCCAGUGGGGUUUUGUCUCUGUAGCGAUAGAUCUGUCUAAAGGAGAAAGAAAGGGGGGGUUGACUUUUCUCCUUAUUUUGUAUAAACUCUUUCGGAUCAGCUUUCUAAAGAUGUUGCUGUCAAAAGAAAGCCAUUGCUAUGUGACGAGACAGUUUUCUUGCU